AGUCCGCCCACUGUUUGUCUGCACUGCGUACUGUACAGCUGGCUGAAAGGCGGCACUUGGUUUCAGGUUCUGCUAUUUGUACUCGCUUUGACUGUGUAGGUAAUAUUUACUAGGAGAGUUGAGAGAAAUAAUAAAAUCCUUAAGAUGUCCACUUCUUCCUGUGCAGCGGCUCGGCCCACGGGAAGCACGGGCCACGGUGACAGCGAGGGCCAGUGCUUACGGAGCUAUCAUCAGCAUCUGAUUAACAUUUCGGAGGGCAAGGAACCGGAUAUUGUCUUUCUUGGGGAUCAUACAACAGCUUUUCUCUCUAUUACCCAGGUGUGGGAUAUCUUAUUCGCCCAAUCUCACUCACUAAAUCUGUCGGCGGUGGAAGACAAGACACAUGACCUCCUUUGGAGGCUCGAAAACUCUCUUCUUGAUAAAGUUACCCCUAAGGUUGUAGUAAUUUCGAUUGGCUCCAACAAUCUUAGAACGGGAGACUCUCCGCAGACAAUCGCGGCUGGAAUCGAAGCGUGUGUGCGUGCAGUGAGAACUCAUAAGAAGGGUGAAAAACAGCCAUUUAUUAUUGUUAUGGGUCUGCUGCCCUGUUGUCAGCAGGAAUCGCCCUUGCGCGCGUUGGUAUCUGAAACAAAUCAACUACUUCACGCUGCAACUGAAAACCUUGAUGAUUGUCAGUUAAUUGACGUUAGUUCGAUCUUUGUUAAGGGUCAAAGACUGGCUCGCGGUAUUUGCGCCUUUUAUAGCAAAAACUGCACAAGUAAGGGGCUGCAUGAAUGUAGUUUGCUAUGUUCAAAGAUGGACUUGGCGAGCUCAUUUCUUAUUAACCAUCCGAGGUUGACAAGAAUCGCUCUAAAGGACCCGUUAAUUUGCCAAGAAUAUGGGCUGCGAACUAUCCACUGUGGUCAGGAGGAUGGUUCAAUCUCGCAUACGGACAUGUUUGAUUUCUUUCAUCUUACCAAGUAUGGAUACUACAAGGCAUUCGAGCCAGUGCAUGAUCUCGCUUCUCAAAUUCUCCAGGAAGCUUACGGGAUUAAAUUCACUAAGAGCACAGAUCGACUGUGUGAUAUGGACGGUGCGGUUUAAACUGUGUUAUAAUACGCUUCAGCAAGAUGUGGAUCUGCUGCAACACAUGGUUGAGGUCACAGGGAGUAAAAUUCUACGGAACGAUGACCUUAGGACUUGUGAAACGGUAUGUAACAGAAGCAUAUGCAGGAGUAUUUCAGACUUUUGUGAAGAUUAUUGAAUUAAAAGGGGGCGUAUUGGCAUCAGUCGAUGUUACUUCCCACAAGCCCCCACUAAUCAGGAACCUCGUAAAGCGGACUUCCGUGGAAGCGAUCUUUAAAGCCAUCGAAAACACUGUUGUAAACGAAGAUUGUUUCAUUGUUAAUGAAUCAAUAAAGGGCAUUAACAACCACUGGUUGGCUAUAAUGCGGCUUAUACGUCCUGCAGCGGUCAACAGGAUCUUAGCGCGAGGUAAACUGUGCAUAGGAUAGACCGCUCACCACGUGACCGAAAAACUGAUUUCUAGAAACUGGUUUAGCGGUAAACGGCCAUUUUAAAAAGAGUCUUAAAAGGAUAUUACUAAUGAAAUAAAGUUUGGGAAAGAUAGAUGACUGCAGCUUGUUGAUUGUAUUAUACAAAUCAAAAUGUUAUUUUUCAGUUGAGUACUUAACGUCUAAUCAAAGAAAUGUGCAUUUCAACAGUACUUUGCUUGAAUUCGCUCCAACAGUAUUGUAAAAAUUCGGUAUCGGAAAACUGAUCCCGUCGCUCUGAAUCGAUAUUUACUAAAUUUGGAUUUAAUAUUAGCUAGAAUCUUCAGGGGAAUUCAACUUCCAUGCAAACCUCACCAAGGAAACGCCAGUAGACGCCAACAGGCAAAAAUCCUACUCAUCCAUAAUAUAGCCUUGCGCACUACAAUAUUGCAAAAGUGCAAAUAUAAGGCAUCAACAGCAUUUUAAUUGACAUUGUGGACUGCACUUUUAUGAUUUACGAUCAAUGUUUAAAGAAGAUCGAUUAUUUAUAGGGCUUUGUCAGCAAAGAUGGCAUCUAUAUUACUGUUAAAACAUGUGGCCUGUCGAUACAGAGAUGCUAGGUAAUGCCUUGAAGGGUAUUAUGAGUACAUACUAAUAUUACAAUGAUGCUAAUAAUCAUUCUAACUUUAUAGAGUGCCAGAAGUUUCUGGGCCGCUCCCAGGCGAUCAGCUUUUCAUUAAUACAUUUGGCCUGCCACUAUUGAGAUCAAAGGAGUGUCUGAUGUAGCCUUAUUUGUUUGUUCAUACAAACAAAGAUAUGCAGCUACAGAAAUUAUUGAUGAAAUGCGGCGAAUUUCACAUCAAGUACUGCUAAAUUUAGCUUUGCAAAGUGAGCUACUUCUAAUACUACAUAUGACGUAAACUGUCUCCGGUGUUGUUUCGUUAACGGUUUUGCGUACAUAUAUAGAUGAAAAUUACAUAUCGCACAUUACUGCACACGGAUGAAAAUUAACCAAUUAUUAUUUGUUACUAUAUGCGUUACAUCAGAAGCAAUUUUACAAUGCAUUAAAAUUAUAGUCUCAACCCGCACUAUAGCCAAAAACCUUGCCAAAUGUUUUCUUCGUACUUUAAAGUCUAUUAUAAUCAGAUGUCUCAGAUAUGUUUAUAUCUCUAUCAUAGUCCAUUUGUUGCAGACACAUAAAAUAAUCACGAUUGCAGGGAAUAGUGUAUAUCUGCACGUUUCUCGACGCCUUUGAUGGACUUGGCCAGCCCGAUGUUCUCGUCAUAUACGGAACAUAAGAUAUUACGCAUUAUAGAUAUUUUAUAGUCAUAUAUUCCGUCCUGUAAAAUGAAUGAUUACCUUCGCUUUGAAAGAUUUGUUUCGGAAAAAGUCGGAAAUUCCAUUCCUAUCAGAAGAGAACCGACAGAACAGACAGUAACGUUAACGAAAAGGCUGUCAUAUAGGACCUCAGUUCAAAUAAUUUAGAAAAAAGUAUAGUAGAAUAUAAUAUCCCUCCCAUUGUAGUGGCGGUAUAAGAUGAGCUCCUGAUUUUCUGCUUUUAAAGAGUUAUCUUGCACACCACUUACAUCACUGUUUUGCAACAGACCGCAGUAAGCAAGACGAUCUGAUUGUUAGAUGAGUUAUAUUUGAUACGUAGAAAAAAUGUGUUGUACAAAGAUUAUAAUACUAUAGAUGUAGUAUUUUGUUGUCGGAUAAUACGGUAUGUUUUUUGGGAAAACUUCGGACUGAACUUAGAUCGCAUAUUUUGUCAAGAACCUUGACGGACUAUAAUAUUAUAUUAUUAAAAAAGCUAUGACUAUUUUUGCUUUAUUUAUUUUUUGUUUUCUAAUAUUUGCCAGUAAAAAGCUUCUUUUUCUUUAUACGAGUUGCAAAACUUUGCUUCAGAGUUUAUACUGCGAAGAGGUACUCUGUGAAACAUGUUUGACACUUUUUGUGAGUCCUUAAAUAGAAAUUGCACAACUAACCUAGGACCAAAAUUCUUUAGUUGAGUCUUUAACUGAGCUACUACAGAGGUCGCUUGCAAGGGCAUGGGCGCAAAAGAUAAAAAUUAACGUUACUUGUUUACCGAUUAAAAAUAAUGUAUGUCAGCUACUUUGACAUUUCAGAUAAUUAACUUUUUAAGCACGUUACCAUAGCUUUCAUUGAAUCGUCCUUGGCUAUUAACAUUAGUGUAAAUUCUCACUGAAAUGAUGAGCACAUAGCUAUUUGGUGCAUAGUUAUCAUGUCCAAAGCUAGUUGUGCAAUUGCUUAGCUUUGGCCUUCUACAGCGAUAACCUGGCAGAGUAUAAACACGCAAACCUUAAAAAAAAAGAAACUUUUUUGAAACUCCAUCCCCUAUCAGUUAAAUUAUCACUAAGGAACGACUUUUACGUACCCUCUACUUCAACUAAAGAGUCCAAGUUUUUCACAUAAGACGAAACUGUAGGAACUGGGUCUCAUACAUACGGAUAUAACAGAUCAUACGACAAGAGUGUAUGAUCUACGAUUUUCUAAACUACGAAAAGGAUGGAUUUGAGUGCCUAUCCUACUAAAUUCCUUCUGUCAACUAAUGUUUCAUAUAAUCGAAACACUUCGCUAAAAGCCGUCAUGUUCUUUAUCCUGGACUUGAAAAACACCUCGAGCCGUGCGUUCCUUGUAAAUCAGUGAAUGCUUGUGUAAGGUGUGUUUAUUUAAAUUAAGUUGAAAAAAGAAAAUUCCUCUUUUGUUUUCCUGCGGUCGGUAUGCGUACACGGUAUUCAUUUAAGCUCGUACGUCAAGGCCUCAUACCACACCCUUUUGCCUUCCCAAGUGAAAACCAAGAUUCGAUUUCGAAGAAAACAGCGAUAAUCCCAAGUAAAGUGCGUGCUAAAGUAAUUAUCGAAAAGGAUCAAUCGCCUUUGCUUGAAAGAGUUGUUCCAAAUCAGCAGUACCAAGCCAAGACUUUAAUUAGCUUUCACCAUUAUAAGUAGAAAUAAUUUGAUACCAUGUCAUUACUACAAGUGAGGGCAACAUCGGAAAACAGCAGAUUCCACACCAAAUUAAUUAUUCAGUUACAUUUUUUUUUAUGAACUCUAAGAUGUAUAUAAUAUAAGUAGAUAAGCUGAAUAAAGGCAAAGUCACAUCAACAGGCGACUACAGUCAAGCGUGGCACCUGAGGCACUUGCGUAAGCGAUGUGAUUUACUCAAGUCUUAGCCAGAAAAAAACUAUUGGAUCUAUCAACCGAAAGCUCCACCAGUCACUGAGUGUACCGAAAUAUCUGGCGAAUGCGUCGAGAAUAUUCAUGUGUAGCCUGGAUAGUACUCCAUUAAUUUUAUGUUCCAUGCCGGUCGAUACAGAACUCAUUCCUGACCUCCAUUACUGCUGCUUCUAAUAUGUUAUAUCUCUACGCUAAAUAAAAAAUAAUUGCAUUCUGGGUAGAGAAAACCCUGAUUAUUGUGCCGCGUAUGUGAAAAACCGCUUCGGACAGGUCAGAGUUGCAAACAUUUUCAGGUUCUAAUCGGACGUUAUAUUUAAUCUUUCGCUAAAGGUUAAUUGGAUAAUGGUUUUCACCAUAAAUAUUGCAAUAUAAUGCGUCAUAAAAAGUAUGUUUAAUUAAUUAUGUAUUUCAGAAAUGGCACUAUUAUCUUAUCAUCCUCGAUUUUGGAGUAGAAUGUGACUGAUUGUGUUUUGGAUCCCUUAUGUGUCUUAACUUCUUUGUACUUUUAAAUAGAUCUUGAGCGAAUUUGUGGAUAACAACCUGACUGACUGUUCACAUUGAGGUCCAAAAAUUACUUGCGUAUAUUAGGAAAACACCACAAAGAUAUUUAGUAGCUUCGGACUAAUUGUCGGUCU